AUGGACGCGGAACCACCCCCGGCGGCGCACACACCGGUGCUGUAUGUUGCACCUCUGCUUGCGCUGGGCCUGAUUUUUCUCUUCUUCUACCGCAGGUUCAUGCGGUACUUGGAAAUGAAGUUGCUGCCAUCUACAUCGAAAAUCGAGCUGGCGGACCCCUUGCUGGAAGAAGGUGCUUCGCCAUCGUAUCUGGCUCCAAGGUCGAUGGGUUGUGCAGAGCUCUUGCUGCCGUUCUUUCACUACUACACGCUGCUCUAUUUGGUUUGUGGAUAUUUGAUUUGGGACGAGUACAAGAGUUCCUUCCGCCUGCUGGUGGCUACCGACUAUUUGGCUCCCGCCAAGUUGCUGCAACGCUUUGAGGAGGAACCGGAACCGCUGCCGCCCUGGUGGCAGGAUGAGGUGAAGAACAUGAUUGCUGAAGAUUCCUGGGGACUUUUGCGAAAGUUGACGUUGACCGCGCCUGUGUUCCUGGCAUUGACCUUUCUGGUGUCCCUGAUGAACACCUUGCCCCAUGUGGCGAAAACCAUGUCCCGUGGAGGGCUGUUGCUGAUGAACCCGGGCAUUGAUAGUAGUAUCAUGAUCAUCGCUCUGCCGAUGAUCGCUUGCAUGAUGUCCUACCGUUCGGUGACGCGGAUGUGGAUGAUUUGCUGUAACAGCACUGUGGGAAGUUUGGGCUUUGUGGAGGAUUUCUCUGGAAAGAAGACCUGGGUCGCGCGGCUAGUGGUUUGUCAAAACAUGUACGAAACCAACUUUCUGCUGACGGAUCUCUAUGAGUCCUGGGCGUUGCUGCACUUCGCCAAUUUGGCGCUGCAGAUCAUCACGGCCUCCCAGCAGCGGCUGCGACAGCGCCAGGGCCAUCCCUUGAUGGCGCCCGCGGGGCUGCGACAGAUGGCACUGCAGAUGCAGGAGAAGUUGACACAGAGUGUGGAUACUCUCACCAAACAAGGCAUCUACCUCUUCAAUGGCACCUGCUUCGCAGAAGCCUCCUAUAGCCUAGUGACGACCUCUGUGGAGGCUUAUUUGGGUGGUGCAAGAACCAUGGAGUUCAACGAGCGGGUCUAUCGGAGUCGCUCACGCGUUCACUACUUCUUCCUGGGCAUGGGCGCUGUUGCCUCCAGUGCCGCCAUCGGCAAUGUGGUGACCGUCGAGAUGACCUUCGAAGAAUGGCUGGAAAGCUUCAGACCCUCCGCGAAGUUUUGGUCCACGAAGAUUCUGCUCUCCAUCGGUUUCAUCCAGACGCUGCUGCUGGAGAUUCCACCCCUCUCUACCCAUCUCUCAAUCACCGAGAAGGAUCUCUUCUAUGCAUCCUUGCUGUGCAUCGAAUGCUUCCUGUUGAGUUUGCUUCAUGUGACCUGGUCAGAGGAGAGCAGGGCUCAGGAACAAACUGCCUGUUUUGUUCCUUUCUUCACACCAGAUGCACAAGAUCGAGAUGCUCAUGGCAAUCCCAAGGAGAUUUCUGCCAAACAAG